AUGUGUGAUAUGGGAGGACUCGAUAACUUAAUAGCCAACACGGCUUACCUGCAGGCCAGAAAAAGCGUCGAUGGAGAUAUCAAGGAAAUGCAAAAGAGAAGAAGAAGUCUCUCUCUGCCGAGUCGAGAUCAAUGUAUUGAGUUGAGACAAAAGAUUUGUGUCGAAUAUGAGGAUGUGUGUGAACAGCAACCCAUUGGUAAAAAGUUUUUCCAUAAAUUUACAGAAACAGUCCCAGAAUAUAGAAUAGCUACUGAUUUUCUGAAUGAAGUGAAUAAUAUUGAACUGGCUGAAAACGGGGCAAGGGAAAAUCUCCUACAAAAUGUGGUGAUCAACUUUAUGAAAGCAGAUUCAAAAAAUUAUUUAUCAUUUCUCAGUGAAGAAUUGGCUUCUAAAUGCAAAAGUGCAGAAGAUAAAGACUUUGAGGAUCUCCUUGUUAUGGUUAAACUAGAAGUCAGAAAGUUCCUCAUGGGUACCCCCUUUCAGGACUUUCAAAACAGUCCAUUUUUUGACAAGUACACGCAAUGGAAAGUCUUUGAACGGCAGCCUAUAAAUGAAAAGUACUUUUAUGAAUUUAGAGUAUUGGGCAAAGGUGGAUUUGGAGAGGUGUGUGCUAUACAAGUGAAAAUAAGUGGGAAAAUGUAUGCCUGUAAAAAGUUGGACAAAAAACGACUGAAGAAGAAGAAUGGAGAGAAAAUGACCCUACUGGAGAAAGAGAUCUUAGAAAAGACAAAUAGCAGGUUCAUUGUGAAUCUGUCUUACGCCUUUGAAACUAAGAGCCAUGUUUGCUUGGUCAUGACCUUGAUGAAUGGAGGAGAUUUGAAAUUUCAUAUUUACAACAUUGGAGACAGGGGAAUCGAAAUGAGCCGUGUACAAUUUUACACAGCACAAAUAACGUGUGGACUUUUGCAUCUUCAUUCAAUCAACAUUGUGUAUCGUGAUAUGAAGCCCGAGAAUGUGCUGCUGGAUGAGAAUGGGAACUGCAGGCUUUCAGAUCUAGGACUGGCAGUGGAAAUCAUCAAUGGGAAAAAGACUAACCAGAGGGCAGGAACAAAUGGUUACAUGGCUCCAGAGAUUUUAAAAGAAGAAAACUACACAUACUCUGUGGACUGGUUUGCUCUCGGAUGCAGCAUAUAUGAGAUGAUUGCAGGUCGAACACCAUUCAAGGAUUUCAAAGAAAAGGUCAGCAAAGAUGAAGUGAAGAGAAGAACCUUGGAAGAUGAAGAAACAUAUCUGCACGGCAACUUCACAGAUGAGUCUAAAGAUAUUUGCAAAUUGUUUUUGGCAAAGAAAAUAGAAGAUCGAUUGGGCUGCAACCAAGAAUGUAGUGAUCCGAGAAAACAUUCUUUCUUCAAAUCCAUCAACUUUCAAAGAUUAGAAGCUGGACUUGUCGAUCCUCCUUUCGUGCCAAAUCCUGCUACAGUAUACUGUAAAGAUCUUGGAGACAUUGCUGAUUUCUCUGAGGUUCGAGGUAUUGACAUUGACGAAAAGGAUAAGAAGUUCUACAAGAAAUUUGCAACUGGUUCUGUCCCCAUCCCCUGGCAGGAAGAAAUGAUUGAGUCUGGUCUCUUUGAGGAACUCAACGACCCUGCCAGACGGGAGUCAAAAGCAGGCUUCUCUGCAAAUGGCAGUGAUGAAGCUAAAUCGGGUGUAUGUACAAUUCUGUGAAUGUAAGCUACAGUAUUUUGAUUUAUGUUUUGUCCCUAUAAUUAAUAUUAUUCUUUAACAGGAUGGUAAGACAAUAGUAAGCUUCUCCACACAUAUCACAUUUCUUUGCUGAUUUUCUGGAUUUGCUGAUUUAAGGAUGAAAAUUUGAGUUUUGUAGAUUAACUUUGUAGAUUAUAAAACUUGGGUACUUGCAAAAUCCAAAUGUGGAAUUCUGAACACAGGUAUCACAUAAAAUUGACAGCUAAAUAACAAAAUUAAAUAAAGUUCCUGCCAAGAUUUGGCACAUAUACCAGCUAUUUGUAUGGGGCACAUCAGAUUGAAAUAAUUCGUCAAAAUUACCAAAAAAAAUCAGGUAUUUGUAAAUUAAUCUUUU